AUGUCUGAUGGUAAUACCUAUACAGCUGCUAGAGGAGGAGUGGGCGGGGCUGGUAACACCUCUUAUGCCACACCUACUAAUACAGUCCCAUACCAGUACACUGAAGGUACUGAUGGAGAUGAACUGAUCAUUGAACUGGAAUUAAAGACAAUAGCUGACAUUGGACUGGUUGGGUUCCCUAAUGCUGGUAAAUCAACUCUCCUUCGUGUGUUAUCUCGGGCUAAAUCCAAAGUAGCUGACUAUGCAUUUACAACCCUCAACCCUCACAUUGGGAUAAUGGACUGGAACCAGUAUGAGGAACAGAUAGCCAUUGCUGAUAUUCCUGGGUUGUUACCAGGUGCUCAUCGUAACUAUGGACUAGGCCACGCCUUCCUCCGACACAUUGAGAGGUGCAGUAUACUAGUCAUUGUACUGAAUGUAAGAGAGAAAGAGCCAGGAGAGACUGACAACCAUUUACAAUCACAAAACAAUAAAGAAGAAAGAAAUCUUGAAGGAGCUUCUAUUAAUGUAGAAAGAAGUGAGUUAGAAACUGCAACAACUACUGAACCAGUUAAUAGCAGACAUAACUCACCCUCACUGUAUGGUAAAGGGAAGCUGAAUGCUAAUGAAGUACUACCAUUGGCAGCUCAGUAUCAGAUACUGCAGGAUGAACUAGAGCUGUAUAAAGAAGGAUUGGUGAAUAAAGUGAAGCUGGUAGUUAUUAAUAAGGUUGACCUGGAGGGAGGGGAGAAGAGUGUGCUGGAGUUUAUUAAUGAUAGUCCUGGACUGGGUCUACCUCUGGAACGCAAGAAUGUUGUGCAUUUGGAGGAGUGCCGUAGGAUUGGGGUCAUCUUUCAGCCUCUAGCCGUGGAGUCUCUGGGAGGUUGGAGUAAGGCAGCCGUUUCUGUGCUCCGCACCAUCAGUGGUCAUCUAGCCUCUCGCCGGGGGCUAGAUCAGCUGGAGGUGUCCCUACAUCUUUUCCAGAGACUUUCGGUUGCACUGUGGCGUGCUAAUGCUCACAUGUGGUUGAGCCGCUCCCCUAUCCUUCCACCCGAUGUGGAUGGGCAGGUCUGA